AUGUUAAAUUGUGGAGCUCAUGCACUGAUCCAAAACCAAGAGAAACAAACAACCUUACAUGUUGCCUUCGCUCACAGUAAUGAGGAGGAUACAAUAGAGAAGGUGGUAAAAAUUAUGUUGGCCAAGUGUGAUGCAAAGGAACAGUUAGUCAAUGCACAAGAUAGAGAAGGGAAAACCAUUCUUCAUCUCACAUCUUCUCAAGGGAAAGGAAAAAUGUGUAGAUUUAUUCUUGAUAAUGGGGCAAAACCAGAUACCAAAGACAAUUGUGAUCAACAGCCGCCACACUAUGCAGUCAAGGGAAAAAAGGAUGAAGUUAUAGAUGUGCUCAUUAGUAGGAAUGCAAUUGAUAAAGAGACAAUUCAUAUGAUGCAAAGUUGUAAAGACAAGGAUGGGCAAACCCCCAUCAAACUACUGACAAAGAUUUUACCAAUUUUAGAUCAACCUCUUGAAUUAUAUUUUGAUAGUGUGGACAAUGGCAAGCUUUUGCGUGAUUUUGCAUUGAAAGAUAAGACAGAUCUUGUGAGAAAGAUGUUGGAGAGGGGAGUGAUUCCACUAGACGUGGAUGAGGAGGGGAAAUCAGCUUUGCAUUAUGCCACACUGUGUAAAGAUGAUUUUGGGAUGACAGAUACAGUUGAUUUACUACUCAAAUUUAAAGAUAGAAUGAAGCUUAUAUCCAUGUGCGAUAGGAAGGGAAAGACAACUCUGCAUGUAAUAGCGUACAAGGGAUAUUCAUCUCUCGAGGAUAGAAAAGGUAUUUGUAGAUCUUCAAGAUUUAGUAGAUAUAAAAGAUAG